AUGUCGCUCCGCCAGCUCCCCAAGGCCGUCAAGGAGAUCCGCCUCCACCUCUGCCAGUCUGGCGCCUCCAGCGCUGGCGUCAGGCAAUUCAUCAAGUCCUCCUACCCCGCCCUCAAGGAGGCCAACCCCGACGUCAAGGUCCUCAUCCGUGAGGCCCAGGGUGUCAACCCCCGCGCUUUCGUCCGCCUCGAGCGCGGUGUCGAGCACCAGGCUUCCCUCGACGGCCUCGCCGAGAAGGACGUCGCCUCGGCCCUCUCCAAGCUUGCCGGCCAGUAA